UUGAGAGCAGUGGUAACGCCUUAAUAUCUUAGGUUCACCAACCACAUAACACGUGGCAUGAGUUCUACUUACAACCAUUCACCAACUUUUCAAAACAUUGUGGUAGGUAGGUAGUAGGUUCAUAUUUUGAAUAGAGGAGGAAACUUGGAACACAGAAACACAAGAAUGGCAGAAGUUCCUAGAGUCAAGCUUGGACCCCAAGGUCUUGAGGUUUCUAAGAUAGGAUUCGGAUGUAUGGGGUUAACUGGUGUGUACAAUGAUCCUGUUCCUGAAGAAGUUGGCAUCUCAAUAAUCAAGUAUGCAUUCAGCAAAGGAAUCACUUUUUUUGACACUGCUGAUUUCUAUGGUGCCCAUGCCAAUGAAGUUCUUGUCGGAAAGGCUCUUAAGGAGUUACCUCGUGAUAAAGUUCAGAUUGCCACCAAAUUUGGUAUUGUCAAAAUGGAUAUGGCUUCUAAUACUGUUGUAGUCAAUGGUACCCCUGAAUAUGUUAGAUCUUGUUGUGAGGGUAGUCUUCAGCGUCUUGGUGUUGAUUACAUUGAUCUCUAUUAUCAGCACCGUGUCGACACCACGGUCCCCGUUGAGGACACUAUGGGGGAGCUUAAGAAGCUGGUGGAAGAGGGCAAAGUAAAGCAUAUAGGGUUAUCUGAAGCAAGUCCUGAUACUAUUAGGAGGGCGCAUUCUGUUCAUCCUAUUACAGCCGUGCAAUUGGAGUGGUCGCUUUGGACUCGCGAAAUUGAACAAGAUAUUGUUCCACUUUGCAGGGAAUUAGGAAUUGCGAUAGUGCCAUAUAGCCCGCUUGGCCGUGGAUUUUUCGGUGGUAAGGGUGUCACAGAAAGUAUACCAGCAAACAGUUUUCUGGCAUACCAGCCAAGGAUUCGAGGGGAAAACUUAGACAAGAACAAGAUCUUGUAUUCUAAGUUGGAAAAACUGGCAGAGAGACAUGGAUGUAAGCCUUCACAACUUGCUCUUGCAUGGAUCCUUAAUCAAAGGGACGACGUUGUACCUAUCCCUGGAACAACUAAGACAACAAAUCUUGACACUAACAUCGGUUCGCUCGAAGUGAAGCUCAAGGAAGGCGAUUUGAAGGAGAUUACAGAUGCUGUACCAAUGUCCGAGGUGGCAGGCGAUCGGACCACUGCAGCUUUCGUUAAAUGCUCAUGGAAGUUUGCUGAUACUCCACCAAAACGGAGCUAGAUAGAUAUGUACCGGUUAAUGCACAAUCUCAGAACUCCUAUCUUCCAUUUUUCUCAAAUUUGAUCACACCUCAUGAAGACUAGUUCUUGUUACCUUGCAAAAUUUUGUGUGUUUUAUUAAGUGAGGAGACAGAGACACAGACAUGGUUCAAUUAAUGUUUUCAAUUAUGCUGAGACAUUGGACUACUCAUUGGAUUUAGUUCAGACUUCAGAGCUCUGAUAAAAUAAAAUAACAUCACAGCAUUUUGGUUUGACUCCUC